AUGAAGGUCCCGCGAUGGCUACUUCAUGGUAACCAAUGGAUCUGGUACCGCAAAUUGCCCUUUGUCGCACGAUCCAACAAUCCAAAUACGCCAUUCAGCACCCUGAACAAUUCCUCUACCGCGACUCCUCCUUGCGGCUAUCACCCUUUAACCCUCCUUGAAGAUGCCAGCAUAGAACACUUUCGAGAGAAACACUUCGUCCCUGAAUUACCCGUUAUCCUCCCGCGUCGUCGUUUUUGCGACCUACCGGCCUUUGAACGCUGGUUCCGAUCCUCCCGAUUGAAUACUGCAUACCUUGAGCAGCACGGUGCAGAGGCUCUUGUUCCUCUUGAACUUACCCUGCCAUCUUCCGACCCAGGCGAAAAUGAGGUUCGUUUUCGACAAUUCCACGCACCUCUCAGUCUUUUUCUGAAUUGGAUGCGCACAGUAGAUGGAGAGGAACCAUCGCAGUUAAUGCGACUGUACUUGGCGCAAUGUCAGCUCUCUGAUCUGCCCCAGGUGCUUCGUGACGACUUCCCAACCCCCGAACUCGUGUCUCAGACCGGUAAAGGCGAUGUCUACGAUACCAAUGUGUGGAUUGGCUAUUCACCUACAUACACCCCCCUUCACCGAGAUCCCAACCCGAAUCUGUUCGUGCAACUUGCUGGGCAAAAAACUGUGCGGUUGAUUGCUCCCGACGAUGGACAGGUGCUGUUUGCGUCGGUAAGAGAGCAAUUAGGGAAGAGCGGGAACCGCGAAGCUGCUGCAUUUCGAGGAUCGGAGAUGAUGCAGGGGCGAGAGAGGACAUUGUUGGAGAAAGAGGUUUGGGACGAUAGUGGGGGGUCGGGACAUAAGAGUAUCGGAUAUGAAGCGCAGCUGGAAGCUGGUGAUGGGAUGUUCAUCCCUAAAGGAUGGUGGCAUAGCAUUAAGGGGGUAGGACACGGUGUCACGGCUUCGGUCAACUGGUGGUUCAGAUAG